AUGUGGAGAGGUCGCCAUUCUUCUCUCUUCUUACUCUACUGUGUUUUAUUGUUUGCUCAUGAAUCCGAGCAAUUCGAUUGCGCUUGGCUUAUCGAUCGUAAUCAAAGUUAUAAAACUUCCGACAAAUCCAUCUUUUAUAAUGGAGAUUGUUGUCUGGAAGAUGUUGUCGUUUAUUUGGAUUCAUUGCCAUCAGUUGGGUUUACUAAUAACUGGAGAACAGCUCUAUCUAUCAAUAAGUUUUUUAUAAUCGAGGCUGUUUACCUAACAUUUGGAAGAAGUUGCAUGUCCUUGCAGGAUGCCACUACUGAAACAACAAAAACUAAUUGCUCUUGGCUCUCCGACUCUUUCAACGUUACCGAUUAUACUGGAAAAGUGACAUUCUCAUACAAUGGAUCGUGUUGCUCAGAUGUGGCUGCAGAAAUGUUAAAAAAGAGUUCUUACCAAACAGAAAUUGAGAUGUUGGAAAAGAUAAAAAACACAUUGGAAUGGAAAUCAUCAGAAUCUAACAAUUUGAACGAAAUCAGUAACAAUAUAGCCGCUUUAAAAAUGAAUGCACUGGUAAAAAUGUUGUACUGCAUUUCGGAGGCCUGCCCUGGAAUGGAUUCAGUUUGGGAUAACUGCACAGAAACUACUACUUCCUCCUCUACCACUGAGACAACGACAAGUCCAGUUGCGACCACAAAAAAAUUGGAGUGUUAUUGGCUUGAUGAGCCUUUCAUUAGUUAUUACCCAGUGGGACCAGACAGCAUGGUAAAUGUAAUUUAUACUGGUGGUUGUUGUACUGAAGCGGCGGUGUCAGCAUUGGAAAAUGGUCCUCCGGAUCAUUUACACCUGGAAUCUUACCAGGAAGACUAUAAAGCAGAAGCACUGUAUAAUUACUUGUUUUGCAUCCAAGACGCAUGUCCUUACAUGACCCCAAUAUGGACCAAUUGCUCAGAUUUGACAACCACAACUGAAGCUCAAACGACACCGACAAUAACCGAAUCUACGACAGUCACAUCUGAAGUAACGACUACAAAGAAAAGGCAAGGAGGAUUCCUAUCGGAAGACACUACAAGGACAUCUACAUCGACAACAAGUGAAGCGGAAACCUCAACGGAGAAGAAAGCAACACGGAAGACUAAUAAUGGAGAUCCAUCUAAUGACAAUGAGCUGACAACAAAAUCGACUACCUUUGAAUCAACUACUGCUAAAACUACCACAACAAUAAAUCUUGGAGAUAUUUUGAGCAGUCCCAAAAAUUACCAGAGCUCAACCACAUCCAGCACCUCAUUAACUCAAACAACUGCACCUUCCUCAACAACUACAAGUGAAGCACCAAAGAAAGAAGAGCCUAUCGAGAAUGAAGUCACAGAAGAGCAUGAGGAGUCAACAACAACAAAUACAUCUCCAAAAGUCAACACCACAGAAUUCAAGGAAACUUCGAUUGCAAGUGUGACGCAAAAUUCCACUGUCACCUCAACGGCUGUCCAGCAAGAAGACACGUCUACCACUGUGAGUAAGACGAGCCUUUCUUCCAACGAGCCUGAGACAACAACGGAUAAAGAAACCCCUGCAACCACUUCUGAAACCGAUCUUGAGUCAACUUUCUCAACCACUUCUGAUGACUCUGAAACUUCUAAAGAUCCUGAAGAGACUAGUGAAAGCACAACACCCUCGGAAGCAUCUGAAUCAUCCUGGUCCACCGAAAGCUUCACAACUCCUCUGAUCAAUCUGAUCAGCAGUUUGACUGGCUCCACUGUGACCUCUUCAUCCCCCAAAACUACUUUUUCGAUGGAUUCUGAAGGAACUAAAUCUCCGACGUCUUCUGGAAUGACAGCUGGUUCAACCACUCCCGAAAGUAAGAAUCAAUCUGGAGCUCACGGAUCGAGCACAACGUCAAGCCAAGGUUCUAGGUCUACUGUGUCCUCUUCGCACCCCAAGACGACAACGGAUUCUGACCAAACUGAACGUCCCAUGUCCUCAGGAAUGACAGCUGGUACAACAAGCUCUGAACCAAAAGACCGAUCAACAGAUCAAACUUCUGAAACCCGCUCAACAAAGUCAUCUGAGACACCGACCACUUCUGAAUCUAGCAGGACCCAUGUAACUGGAUCAACUGUUGAUGAUGCGACAAGGACUGGCUCCACCACAUCUUCUGUCAGUCAAUUUGAGUCUGAGACUGCAAUUGGUUCUACUGGAACGUCGUCGACAGUAACCGUCACUGGAUCAACCAAAUCGACAGCUCAUGGCUCAACGGAGAAAACGACAACGACUGGCAGUGAAGCAACAACCGCCAUUCGUGGAGCAACUGUAACCGGAACUCAGAAGGCAUCAUCUACUUCAACCAGUGGUACACAAGAAACUGGGACUCCCACAACUGGAAAAAUUGAAGGAUCUGGAUCAACGAGCACUAAUCACCCGGGACUAUGGAAACCAAUCCAACAGCGAAAACGUCUGAAUCGACUUCUGGAACAACUGGAAAAGGAGAUUACAGCUCUAAUGGCUCCUCCACAAAAUCCUCAAGUAGCUCAACAACGACUAAACCGGCUCAAGGAACUGAAUCAACAACUGAGAUUGGCAAACACAGGAACUACUGAUUCCUCCAAAACUUCCUCAACUUCAAAGAAACCGGAAACAGGAACAAGUUCUUAUGGGUCGUCAACUACUACCAAAUCAUCUGGAGCUAAAUCGACUAGUGGAACUAAUGGAACAACCAAAUCUUCAAGCUCGACAAAAACGUCCACAACUGCUUCGUCGACCACUGGAACCUCGAAAGGAGCUGGUGCAACAACUUCCAACAAAUCUGAUGGAACGAAGACGACUACAACCAAAUCAGCAAAAGCUUCGAGCACUUCUGAAAACUCGAAAACGCCAGAUUCCCAAAAGGUGUCCACCAAGCCAACAACAAAGUCUUCAGUCUCCUCUUCCUCGGUUACCACCUCGACUACGACAUCGACCCCACCCCCAACAUCAGCCACCUGUCCGAUGCCCGACAUUGACCGACGCUUCACGAACCGACCCACCGAUGCCGAGUUGAAGCCGUUCUACGCACCUGGAGAGCGAGUAAUCCAUCUCUGCAUCAAAUACUAUGUGAUGGAGUGGGCCGGCCAACCUCUCAGAAUCUAUCAAUGUGGAGAGGAUGGGAAAUGGAUUGGAACGUUCCAGCGGUGUGUUCCGGAUGUGCCUUCACCAAAAAAGGAGUUGUAA